UCCGAAUUAAAGUACGACGUGCACAUUUUUUUCGCUUGACUUUGAAUGAAUUUCAUUUUGGAUCCAUCAUGCAGGAGACAUGCAUUUUCAUUUAAAUUAACUACAUUUAAAUAACAAGAGAUGUUUUGUCGGUGACAUAAAUCUUCUUUUUCUCAGUCAGAUCAUUAGGUCAACAUUAGAGACGUCUUCAUUGCGUUGGAUUGGCAUUAACCGUCAAACUGAUUGUAACCGAAUAACUAGCAACAGACCAAAGUGAAUAUACAAGAAGAAGUUACCACAUUAUCCACCAAAAGCGUUCGUUUGGUUGGUGGAUCGUCAAGAAGAGUGGGGAUACAUAGCACAGAUACUAAAAGACUUACCUGAAUAAAUUACAAGCGGCAAAGUAAUUUACGCUCAAGAAACAUGAUUUCGAUGUUUGCUCGUGUAUCAUUUUAUCCAACGUUAUUUUAUAACGUUUUUAUGGAAAAAGUCACAACACGACGAUGGUACGAUCGCAUCGAUGAACAUACAAUACUGGGUGCACUGCCGUUUCGUUCGAUGGUUCAACAGUUGAUCGAAAAGGAAAAUGUUAAAGGUGUUGUUUCCAUGAAUGAAGACUAUGAGCUGCAAUUGUUUUCAAAUAAUGCAGAGAAAUGGAAGGCAUUAAAUGUAGACUUUUUACAAUUGGCAACCACAGAUAUAUUCGAAUCACCGUGUCAAAAUAAAUUAAAAUCUGGUGUCGAAUUUAUGAAUAGAUAUUUACCAGAAAAUGAAAAAGUCCCUGGCCUACCAAAUGAAAAUAGCGCAAAUGCAGGCACCGUUUAUGUGCAUUGCAAAGCGGGCCGUACACGAAGUGCAACAUUAGUGGGAUGCUAUUUAAUGAUGAAAAACAGUUGGAAUCCCGAACAAGCGGUGAGUCAUAUGAGGGCUUGUCGACCGCACAUAUUGCUGCACAACAAACAAUGGGAAGCGUUGCGUAUAUUCUUCAAUGAGAAUGUUAAAACUAAUGUUAAUUAUUCAACUGAUAAAUCAACACCGGUGACGACGUAAAUCAGUCAUGUCCGAGAUCAAUCAGCGACUUAUUCAGAUUACCAUCGGAAACAAAUUGUAGCAUUAAGACACUUACUUUUGUUGACUUUUUUUUUGUUUUGGUGUCAUGAGUCUUGUUCGUCUUGUUUGUUAACCAGAGGAGAAAAGUAAUACGAAUAAAAAAAAACGGCUCGUUUUGAAUAAUUUAUAAA